ACUCAUAUAUCAAACCAACAACAUUUUCCAUUUUGGUGUGUAUUUUUCUUCAUGUCCCACUAAAGAUUCUACAAAAUCUCCCUCAAUUUUCCAAUUCAACUAAUUAUUUGCCAAAAUGGAGACCAUCAAUUUUUGCUGUGACGAUCCCAAUACAAAAUCUGUUGAACACAAAGAGUUGCAUGUUCUUGCCGUCGAUGAUAGUAAUAUUGAUCGCAAAGUCAUCGAAAAGCUUCUCAAAGUAUCCUCCUUCAAAGUUACGGUUGUAGAAAGCGGAUGUCGAGCUUUACAAUAUUUAGGACUAGAUGAAGAGGACAAGGACUCUACUACUAGAUUCAAUGAUUUGAAGGUGAAUCUAAUAAUAACAGAUUAUUCGAUGCCUGGAAUGACAGGAUUUGAACUCCUUAAGAAAAUCAAGAAUUCUACGACAUUAAGAGAGAUACCAGUGGUGAUCAUGUCAUCCGAAAACAGUCUAACACGUAUCGAUCGGUGUUUAGAAGAAGGAGCCAAGGAAUACCUCUUAAAACCGGUGAAGCUUUCCGAUGUUAAACGCUUAAAAGACUCCAUUCUUGAAUCUAGUGUCGAGAAAUUUGACCAGAUUCGAACCCAAAAGAGAAAACAUAAACUCGAUCCAACAUCGAUGGAUUGCCAGGACUUAACACUGUCUUCAGCACCUUCACCUCAACAAUCGCUAGCAAAACGGGCUAGAUUGUAGUAGUAGAAAUAUCUUUAAAUAAUUCUUUUGAUUUUGUUCAUAUUUAACUAAUGUCCUUUAUUACUAUCAUAGAUUCAUUCUAAUUAACGUAAGCCAAUGUUGAAGCUA